AUGACGGAAAAUCUAACGAGAACACCAGAUGCGACAAACAGUUUUGAUAAAUCGCAAUUAGCUAGCCUGAUUCCAUUUCAUUGCGAUAUUAUUUGUGAUGCUGUUGCCAUACUAUUCAAAGGUGUUCUUGGUAAAUGGUUAAUGGUGUCGUCCGGAGUUGCAACUCUGGAAGCCAAUAAAAAAGACAACAUGUUACAUAUUUGUAUCUACUCCCUUACGAAAAGACUGAAGGAUUUCGAUACAAAACUGUUCAAAGAAAUGAGUUAUACUGUUUCCUCUUCUCGAUUUCAUACUUUUUCUGAUGGCGAAGAUUCUUACGGUCUCUCGUUUUCUAAUGCCACUGAUGCUCAGAAUUUCUUUGAGCAUACUAAGGGUUUCCUAUAUUCAACACCUCUAAUAACUCCCAGGUUAUCAUAUGGAACUACAUCUAAAGCUGGUAGGACAAGCCGAAGAAGUUCUGGCCUUUUCCUUGGUAAAUUAAAGAAUAAAAAAUCCAAUAGGAAAAAUGAUAAGAAACCGAACAUUGAGGUUAAAGUGAAUACCUUUAAACACGUCAGUCACGUUGGUUUCACAGAAAACGCUGGAUUACAAGUUACCGCUGAAACUGAAGAACUAGCAAAUCAACUCAUUAAGGCUCUCAAUUUAACAAUUAAUGACGAAAAAGAAAUGCAAUGUGUUAAGGAAACUAUCAAUAAAUUCGGACCAAAUCAAGUAAAGAAGGCGAUGGAGCAAAAACGACAGGCCCCUCCGGUCCCUUCAACUCAACAACUACCACCUCCAUCAUCGCGACAACUACCACCUCAAUCACCUCAACAACUACCACCUCCAUCAUAUCAACAACUGCCACCUCCAUCACCUCAACAACUACCACCUCCAUCAUCGCGACAACUACCACCUCCAUCACCUCAACAAUUACCACCUCCCCCACCUCCUCCUCCCUCUGCCCCACCUACAUCUAUACUAAGUCCAAAGUCUAGCCAUGGAGUUCUAUUGGAUUCUAUCGUUAACUUCAAUCCGAAUAAACUAACAAAGGUAAAUACAGUCGAAAGAAAGGAAAGUACGCCAGAUUUAAUGGAUUCAAUUGAGGAAGCGCUGAUUCAAAUGUUGAAUCAGAGGAGAGGUCGUCUAACGCAAAAUGAUACUGAUGAUGAUGAUGAUGAUGAUGAUGGAUCGGACUUCUAA